AUGGCGUCGAUCAGCAUAUCCAGGAGGGCUUUGCAGAGAGUCUGCAAGCGGCCCCACGGAUCUAGGGGACUCGCAAGUGUCCUCAAUAAGAGAGAUCUGCCAGUGGACAUUCAUCCCGAGGUUGAAGCUGCUUUGGCAGAGAAUAGACCUGUCGUCGCUCUUGAGACGGCGGUGGUCACACACGGAUUUCCCUACCCAGAGAAUGCCAAACUUGCGAAGUCUCUUGAGGAAAUCGUUCGCAAGAACGGAAGCACUCCAGCUACUGUUGGUCUCGUCAACGGGCGAAUCAAGAUUGGCUUGAAGCAAUCAGAGCUGGAGCUGCUAGCAGAACCUGAGGCAUCUCCUGUCAAAAUAUCUCGAAGGGAUAUAGCAGCAGCAAUUGUUGCUAAAGCCAACGGAGGAACAACCUGUUGUGCUACCUUGAUAUUUGCUGCUCUCGCUGGAAUCAAGGUCUUUGCCACAGGAGGAUUGGGUGGUGUUCAUCGUGGGGGAGAGAAUACCAUGGAUGUCUCUGCUGACCUAGGAGAGCUAACAAGAUGUCCAGUUGGUUUAGUAUCGGCAGGGGUGAAGUCUAUUCUAGAUAUUGGAAGGACUUUGGAGUACUUGGAAACGCUUGGUGUUCCAGUAAUAUCAUAUGGGAAGACUACGGACUUCCCAGCCUUUUUCUCUCCAAAGAGUGGCUUCCAGUCCCCAUGGAACGUCGACAACCCAGUAUCAGCAGCUCAAAUACUCUAUACCCAACAUCAACUCGGUCUACAGAACGGAGCACUGAUUGCAUGCCCCAUACCCGAACAAUACGAAGCUGCAGGAGCAUCUAUACAAAAGGCCGUUGAGCAAGCUGUUGCGGAAUCGGAGGCAAACGGUGUCAACAAACUAGGCAAGGCUGCCACGCCUUGGCUCUUGAUGAGAAUCGGCGAGUUGACCAAAGGCGAAUCCCUUGCCAGCAAUAUUGCACUGUUGGAGAACACCGCAGCAAUUGGCGGUCAGAUAGCAGUACAGUAUGCGAAGCUCGCACAAAACUCUGUGAGCGAUGCGUCUCGCGAUAUCGCGCAUCGGGAUACAACGCCAGCGGCGAGACCGGUAGUGGAUAUCCCUUCGAAGCAGACGUCACCAGAACACCCUCGCCUCCUCGUCAUUGGAUGUGCUGCAAUCGACAUCAGCGCGCAAGCCUCGCCAGAUGUCGAAUCUGCAUUGGCUGCCCAUUCGACCAUACCGGGCUCCGUUUCCUUGACAUUAGGUGGUGUAGGCAGGAACAUUGCUGAAGCCGCUCAUCGCCUGUCGCCGACAGAUACUAAACUUAUUUCUGCCAUUGGCGAUGACAGCUUUGGUCGCCUCCUAUUGUCAGAACUCGAUAAGAUGGGAUUGCGUACUGAUGGCCUCGUUAAGUGCCCAGGUAGAACAUCGGUCUGUAACAUGACCUUUGAUGGCAAAGGACAUCUUAUCAGUGGUGUGGCGGACAUGGAGGUGAUUGCUGAGUUAAAUGAGGACAAGAUUGCAAAUGCCAUUGCCGAAACCAUGCCCUCCAUAGUUGCUCUGGACGGUAAUUUGAAACCAAAUUUAAUCAACCGAGUAGUGGAUUUGUGUAGCAGCCGUGGAAUACAUAUUUUCUUUGAACCCACGUCCCUCACCAAAGCCACAGCCAUCCUUCCCGCCGUCACACAGAACGACUUACGAACGCCUGGCGAUAAGGCGAAGAUCUCGAUAUCCCCCAAUUUGCUCGAACUAGACCACAUAUACAACAUCACACGACAAAGUGAAUCACCCAAAGCAUCGAGUUGGCAGACGUCAUACGAGGCCGCGUUCCACGGCCGGCUGGGAGACGGUCUAGCGGAUUUAGCAAGUCGAGAAGAUUCCUUUGACGGUAUAUGGGCAAGAGGGUCGAUCCAUCGAGCAGUCCAUCUCCUCGCUCACUUCCAACAUAUCCUCAUGAAAUGUGGCGAACAUGGUGUUGUCGUCGUGUUCCGCUUAGACCCAGAGACGUUGGCUCAAUCCGGUUGGGCCAAAAACGACCAGCUGCCUCCAAAUGCCAUUGUCGCAGAAGUGGCAUCUGGCGAGGCGGUCGUCAUAGCGUACUUCCCCGCCCUAGUUGCAAAGACAUUAGUCAACGUUACUGGUGCUGGCGAUUCUUUCGUCGGAGCGCUUCUAGCCAGCAUGAUGGAGCAUCCAAGUCUAUUCCAGGAGCCCAAAUUAUUGGAUGAUGCUAUACAUCUAGCCCAGCAAGCAGCCAUUCUGACGCUUGCGAGCCCAUUAGCCGUCGCGCCGGAAAUAUCUAAAUUACGAUAG